GGUUCCGUGGCUCAUAUGGUUCUGGGACAGCAAAAGCAUGGGAGCUUUCUUGGUGUCAACUUGGGUUUUGGCUUCGGAGUCACCAUGGGAGUGUAUGUGGCAGGCAGCAUCUCUGGGGCCCACAUGAACGCAGCAGUGACCUUCACCAACUGUGCAGUAGGCCGAAUGCCCUGGAGGAAGUUCCCUGUCUAUGUGCUGGGCCAGUUCCUGGGCUCCUUCUUAGCUGCGGCCACCAUCUUCUUAUUAUUCUAUGGUGCCAUUGACAAGUUUGCAAGCGGAGAACUGUUGGUGAUAGGUCCCAAGUCCACCGCCGGCAUCUUUGCCACCUAUCUUCCUGAUCACAUGACCUUGUGGCGGGGCUUCCUGGAUGAGGUAUUCUUGACCGGAAUGCUCCAGCUGUGCCUCUUCGCCAUCACUGACAAGGAUAACAAUUCAACACUUCAAGGGGCUGAAGCCGUGGUGAUAGGCAUCCUUGUUUGCGUUAUUGGGGUGUCCCUAGGCAUGAACUCGGGAUAUGCAAUCAACCCAUCUCGUGACCUGCCUCCCCGUUUCUUCACUUUCCUGGCUGGCUGGGGCAAACAAGUGUUCAGUGCCGGGGACAACUGGUGGUGGGUGCCAGUGGUGGCACCCAUCCUGGGUGCCUACAUAGGUGGCAUUGUGUACCUGGGUGUAAUUCACCCCAGCAUACCACGGAAUCCUCAGAGACUGGAGAACUCUGCACCAGGAAACCAGAACGUAACUGUAUCACCCAAGGUUCCCCUCACCUCCAUCUCUUCCACCCAACCUGCCCCACCCCUAGGUGGCUCUGUGCCUCUAGAGCACUUCUGA